AUGGAAACUUUAGUGUCUUUGAAAAUUUAAGAUACACCUAGUAGAUACAAUGUACUUUAAAAGCUAGGAUCUGGAGGUCAAGGAGGUGUAUACUUGGCUGAAGAUCUUCAAGACCCAGAAUUGAGAUUAGUUGCAUUAAAGUAACAAGAUUUAGACCAAAUGCUAGGAAUGAUUAGGAAAUCAUUCCUUGGACAACAUUAGUGCUUAUAGUGCUAAUUAUGUACUCGCUGCAAACACUGCCAAUCAUGUGAUUCUUGCAAGCAUAAGCCUCUCACUAUACAAUAAUCCAAGCAUUUAGAGGAAUCAGUUAAUGAAGCAAAAGGGUUACUUUCCAAAGAGCUGCUUAGAUUUUUAAGAGAAAUUUCAUCUACUCAGCUGAAACAUCUGAAUAUUGUGGACAUUUAUGACUCUUAUAUCUCAACUGAUAACAAAUUCAUCAUCGUAAGUGAAUUGGCGCAUCAAGAUCUUGAAAAUUUUGUGGACAGACGAUUCCAAAGACAGUAACAAUUAACUAAUCAAGAGAUAUCAAUGAUUCUUCUUCAAAUAUUAAAUGGUCUUGAGUACAUUCAUGAGAAAAAUUUCAUACAUAGAGAUAUCUCUCCUUAAAAUAUCCUUGUUUUCAAAGGCCAAGUUAUCAAAAUUUGUGAUUUUGGAUUUGUAUCAUAUGGAGACUAUACUAAUGCUAAUAUAGGAAAAUUAGAUUAUAUGGCACCUGAAGUGAAUUAUGGAAAUUAAAACUACAACAAUGCAAUUGAUAUAUGGUCCCUUGGAAUAACCCUCUAUUACAUUUGCACAGGAUCUAAAAUCUUUAAAGAAUAAUCAGUUAAUAACCUUGCCAGAGAUCAGAAAUCUAUUGAAUUGCCUUCAUAGCACUCAUAGUUUUAGGAGAUGUUUGAAUAAAUGAUCUAGCUAAAUCCUAAUAAUAGACCAACAGCUACAUAGCUUAAAGAAGAUUUAAUGAAAUUUAUAGAUGAAAACAACUUAGAUUUAUAAAAGUAUUAAAGUUUGCUUUUGUCUCAUUUAACUAUAUAACAUUCAAUUAAGAUUUAAAAUAAUGAAGAAGAGAAUCAAAAUAAAGAUGAUGACGAAGAAGAUGAUGAGGAUGAUGAGGAAGAUUACGAUGAUGAGGAUGAUGAGGAUGAUGAGGAAGAUGACGAUUUAACUAAACAUUCAUUUAAUCCUAUAAUUCAUAAAACAUAUUAAGAAUCACCUAAAUGGUAAUGUGUUGCUUUGCUAUGA